AUGGCAAAAAUAGGUGUAGGUGUGCAGCUUGGUCUGUCCUGGGUGAAGACAAAAGGUGGCGACCUCCCGCGCGGCGCAAUUGAGACACAGCCCGGCAUCUACAUAUGCCGUGUCUGGCACGAGGGUGAACAAAUUCCCGGCAAGUACUAUCUAAGACAUACCGUUGCCUACAUCUCUUACGCUGGCGGGGAACACCAUAAGCCUGAAUGUGAAGUUCUCUGCGACACUAAGUGCCUUGGGCAGUCUUGCUGGUAA